AUGAAAAUUAUUAGUUAUAUUCAACAAUACAAAGGACUUUUAUUAUUAAUAUUUUUUGUAUGUUUAUUUCUUAUUAUGGGGACAGGAAGUACUAUUAUUUCAAAGACAGCGUAUGCAGCUGAAUCUAAAAAUAAAGAUGGAAAUUUUGAAUUAUUUGAACGUCCAAUGUUUUUUAAUUUUCUAAUGUUCUUUGGAAUGUUUUUAGCACUUCUUAUUUAUUACUUUACAGAAUUAAUUAAAUUUUGUAUAAAUUGUUAUAAAAAAAGAAAUAAACAAAUAUUUAGUGAUAAUGAAGAACAAAGCCUUGCUCCAAAUGAAAUUAAUAACGAAACACCAAAAACAUUUGGUGAAAUUGAAGAACAACCAAAAAGAUUAACACUUAAACAAUAUUUAUUUGUUUUCUUACCAUCAAUUUGUGAUUUCCUUGGAACAUAUAUGAUGAAUUUUGGAUUAUUGUAUAUUCCAUCAAGUGUGUACCAAAUGAUGAGAGGAAGUACUAUUAUUUUUGCUAUGUUAUUAGCAAUUUUUUGGAGAAAACAAAAACAAUACUUAUUUCAUUUUACUGGUGUAGGAUUAAUUAUUGUUGCUUUAAUUCUUGUAGGAUGUUCUAUGUUUAUUCCAAAUGGGUCAUCUCAAAAUGACGAUUCUUCUAAUUCAAAUGAUAUUAAAGAACAUUCAGAAUGGUAUUAUAUUUUAAUUGGUAUUUCUUUAAUUAUUCUUGCUCAAUUUUUACAUGCACUUCAAACAAUUUUAGAAGAAAUUUUAUUACAUGAUGUUAAAGCACCAGUAGCUUUUAUUGUUGGGUUAAGAGGAUUUUAUGGAUGUUUGUGUUGUGUUAUUGUAUUAACCCUUUAUUAUUUUAUGCCAUUUUUACCAGCGUCUAUUAGAGAAAAUAUUGUAGAUACAUUUUAUAUGAUUUAUAAUUCUUCUUUAAUUUUGUCUUUAUGUAUUGCUUAUAUUAUCGUUAUUUUAUUCUUUAAUUUUGCUGGUACAGCAGUUAUUCAAUAUUCAAACGCAAUGAUAAGAAAUAUUUUAGAACCAAUGAGAAUGAUUUCUGUUUGGAUUGUUUCAGUUUUUAUUCAUUAUGUAAUAAGUUCAUCAUACGGAGAAUCUGUUGGAUGGAGUACUAUUGUUCAAGUAAUUGGAUUUAUACUUUUAGUAAUUGGAUUCUUAUUAUACACUAAAGUUAUUAAACUCCCUUGUUUAUUUAAUUAUCAUGAACAACAAGAAAGUCUCUUUGUUGAACUUCAAAAUGAACCUAAACAAGAUGACUCUCUUCAAGUACCUCAACCAUUAGAACAUACUGAAGAACUAACUCAAGAAAUUCCUAGAGAAAUAUCAACAGAAAAAGAAGAACUAACUCAACAAAAUCAAGUAAUAACUGAUGACUAA